GGUCAGUCAGCUGACCCGUCUUGUGAUAGCAGCCACCUUAUACCAGUUGUGUCGGCUGGAUUCGCAUUACGAGACGCUAAACGUCGUUGUAAAUACCACUUGAUAUAUAAAUAAAUUCACAAUGACGAGCCACGGGCUGUCAAAAAUUGGACAGGAUGAGAAGGAGUCAAAGUAUGGAUAUGUUUAUGCUGUUUCUGGACCUGUUGUUACUGCGGAGAAAAUGUCAGGUUCUGCCAUGUAUGAAUUAGUUAGAGUUGGAUAUUAUAACUUGGUAGGAGAAAUUAUUCGUUUAGAAGGAGACAUGGCUACUAUUCAGGUAUACGAAGAAACCAGCGGCGUAACUGUAGGAGAUCCUGUACUUAGAACAGGAAAGCCAUUAUCUGUAGAAUUGGGUCCUGGAAUACUAGGCAGUAUUUUUGAUGGUAUUCAGCGUCCGUUAAAGGAUAUUAAUGAACUUACUAAUUCCAUUUAUAUACCAAAGGGUAUUAAUGUACCUAGCUUAUCGCGUACCACAUCGUGGGAAUUUAAUCAUUCGAACAUAAAAAAUGGCAGUCAUAUAACCGGCGGUGAUCUAUUUGGUAUAGUUUAUGAAAAUACGUUAGUGAAGCAUAAAAUGAUUUUACCUCCAAAGAGCAGAGGCACCGUUACUUACAUCGCACCGAAUGGAAAUUAUACGGUCGAUGAUGUCGUAUUGGAGACAGAAUUUGAUGGCGUUAGGCAAAAGUAUACUAUGCUUCAGGUAUGGCCAGUACGUCAACCCCGUCCAGUUACGGAAAAAUUACCAGCCAAUCAUCCGUUACUUACCGGACAACGCGUAUUAGAUUCUCUUUUCCCAUGCGUACAAGGAGGAACAACUGCCAUUCCUGGAGCUUUUGGAUGCGGAAAAACAGUUAUUUCUCAAGCUUUGUCCAAAUAUUCUAACUCUGACGUUAUUAUAUACGUAGGAUGUGGUGAGCGUGGUAACGAAAUGUCCGAAGUAUUACGUGAUUUUCCCGAAUUAACGGUGGAAAUCGAUGGCGUGACCGAAUCCAUCAUGAAACGUACAGCUUUGGUAGCUAACACUUCCAACAUGCCUGUCGCUGCUCGAGAAGCUUCUAUUUACACUGGUAUCACUUUAUCUGAAUACUUCCGAGAUAUGGGUUACAAUGUUUCAAUGAUGGCAGACUCUACUUCUCGAUGGGCAGAGGCAUUGCGUGAAAUUUCUGGUCGUUUGGCUGAAAUGCCCGCAGAUUCUGGUUAUCCUGCAUAUCUUGGCGCUCGAUUAGCCAGUUUUUAUGAACGUGCAGGACGAGUUAAGUGCCUGGGGAAUCCAGAUAGAGAAGGAUCUGUCAGUAUCGUCGGUGCUGUGUCUCCACCAGGUGGUGAUUUCUCAGAUCCUGUUACGAGCGCUACUCUUGGUAUAGUACAGGUUUUCUGGGGAUUGGACAAGAAACUUGCACAACGCAAACAUUUUCCAUCUAUUAAUUGGCUUAUAUCGUACAGUAAAUAUUUACGUGCAUUAGAUGAUUUUUAUGACAAAAACUUUCCCGAUUUUGUGCCACUGAGAACAAAGGUAAAAGAAAUUUUACAAGAAGAAGAAGAUUUAUCUGAAAUUGUACAGCUGGUUGGUAAAGCUUCCCUUGCGGAAACAGAUAAGAUUACAUUAGAAGUAGCUAAACUUUUGAAAGACGAUUUUCUCCAACAAAACAGUUACUCCCCGUACGACCGUUUCUGUCCAUUUUAUAAAACUGUAGGAAUGUUAAGAAACAUGAUUGCAUUUUAUGAUAUGGCAAGGCACGCGGUAGAAUCUACUGCUCAAUCUGAUAAUAAGAUUACAUGGAAUGUCAUUCGCGAUGGUAUGGGAAAUAUUCUUUAUCAACUAAGUUCAAUGAAAUUUAAGGAUCCUGUGAAAGAUGGAGAAACUAAGAUAAGAGCUGAUUUCGAUCAGUUACAUGAAGAUAUCCAACAGGCAUUCAGAAAUCUAGAAGAUUAAUUUGUUACGGGAGUUUCAACUAGUAAUGUCACUUGCAACAAUGUUGAAUUACUUUC